CGUCACUAUGAAUAAUAAUAAUAGAGUGACGACAUCGCAAUAUUUACAUUAGUUCGUAUCGCUAAAUUACAUAUAAUGUCUGAGCUAGACAAACUUUCUAACAAGGAGCUGUUAGCCAAGUGUCGGGAACACGGACUGCCAGUUGUUCCCAUUACUGACACUACACGUAAUGUCAUUAUUCGAAGAUUGCAAAGUGCAAUUUCAGGAACGCCAUUAAAGAAUUCCAAGAAGAGUACAAAAAGUUCGAAGACAGUGGUUGCAAAGAAUGCUAAGCCCAGUCGUAAAACCAUAGAGCCUGUCAAGGUAGCCCAUGGCAAAAGCACAACCAAGAACACUGUUAAUCUCAAACGUCGAACAGUUCCCACCAAAGGAGAAGCCUUAGAAGAGGCGCCAAAUGAAGAUGAUGAUGAAGAGAUUGAAGAACCUCGACCCCAAAGUAAAAUGGCACGUGGCAGAAAGGAGAGCCACACUCGAACCAGUCAACCACCUCAAUUGAAGCGUCGUUCACUUCCAGCUACAAAAACUGUUUCGGAAUCGGCUUCACAAGCCAGUGAUGGUCCGCCAAAGCCCACUACAAAGCGUCUCAAAUUGGGCAAUGAGCUAAGCGAACGAGGACUGUUGCCAUUGACAAAGACGAGUGUGUCGGUGACAGCCUAUGUACAUGAGGAGCAGACAUCUUCCGAAGAGGAUACAACAAUUUUAAAACGUAAAACGGCAUGCGGAAGGAAGGAAACUGGACAAAACAGUGACCAGAACACAGAUUUAAAGCGUCGCACAUUACAUACCAAAGGGCGCUCCGUUCAGUUUGCACCAAGUGUUUCAGAUGCGGGUUGUCAGGCAGAUAUGCCUAGUGCUGAACGCGAAACUACUUAUCGCAAAAAGGAAACCUACACUCUGAAUACACGGAAACCCACAACUCUCGUUUCAAGUCUAGGCUCCCAGACGGACAAUAAUGUUUACUUGAAGCCACAGAAGACUUUAUCAGGUCCAUCUGAUGCGCGUGCUAGGCGUUCAAAAUUAUUAACCAGAACUGAAGUGGUGACCACCUCCUAUAUACACCAAAUUGAGACCUCGGAGGACGAUAAGGAAAUUAGCUCUUGCAAACGACGUAGGAUUUGCACUUCGCCCGUCAGUUGUCCCCCACCCAUCUAUGAGUCCGGUUUCGGUUCAACUUUUGCAGCUAACUUAAAUGCGGUAAAACCAAGUGCCACACAAGCAAUUACUACUUCACCCACCGCUCUCUAUGCGCCAAGGAGCACUUUAAGUGGCUCAGCCAGAUCGCUUCGCGAGGAAUCUACAUUUUCGCUUAGGAAACGUCAAGGCAAUGACAAUUCCUGGCCCGCUAGAAGUGAGGGUUCAAUUCAACCUACAGCCACGGGUAGCAGUCUUUACCCAAAGUUGGAUCAUUUUUAUAAACAGCAAUCUCUUUCAAACCCCUUUAGAGGCGAGCCAAUGGAUACAGACAGUGAUUUGGAUAUAAUGGAUCAACAGAAAACUUAUUGGCGUCCCAAAUAAAUACAUAUAUCGCUUUAAAGUUAAAUUUGUUAAUAACAUCUCACUCAUUGCUUAAAAAAUGUAAAUAAAUUUGGGUUUUCUAACAAAACUAAAA